CCUAGUGGGCGUGUGUGUUUGUGUGCAGGAGAGCGAGCGAGAGAGAGAGAGUGAGUUAACCACUGUCAAAGCCGAUUACACUUUAUCGGGUCUGUGAUUCUGUCACUGUCUGUCCACUUGAGGGUUCUUCCCCCUUGUGAGCGACACGCCUCUCGCUUUCUCCUCUGCUUAUUAGUUGUUUACUUACAGAAGCGCGCUUUUCUUUGGCGAGCACCAUGGAUUUAUUCUAGUGCUUGUGAGACUCGGACAUAUUUACUAUGAGUUCCCUUGCAGAAGCGCUCCCGUCAGCGGAGCAACUUUUCCGUGCGCCACGACGCCGCUGAGUCGCGCGUCUCUCGGUGGGAAAGUUUACACGCAAACCCCCCGGCGACCAUGGGCUCUCUGUGAAACCUAAGAUUACCCCACUUUUCUUUUCUCUUCCAAACCGUACGACAAAAUGCAGAAGAGCGUCCGCUACAACGAAGGACACGCGCUGUUUCUGUCGGUGGUCGCGCGUAAAGAAGGAACCAAGCGCGGCUACCUGAGCAAGAAGACGGCGGAGAACAGCCGAUGGCACGAGAAGUUCUUCGCCCUGUACCAGAAUGUACUGUUCUACUUCGAGAAUGAGCAGAGCGCGCGCCCAGCCGGGAUUUACCUGUUGGAAGGAUGCACCUGCGAGCGAGCGCCGGCGCCCAAGAUGUCCACCACUGGGAAGGAAGCGCUGGAGAAACAGCACUACUUCCUUCUCGUGUUUGGUCACGAUGGACAGAAGCCUCUGGAGCUGCGGACUGAGGAGGAGAGUGAGUGCGAUGAAUGGGUGGAGGCCAUCCAGCAGGCGAGUUACUCUGACAUCAUCAUUGAACGAGAGGUGCUGAUGCAGAAGUACAUCCACCUCGUACAGAUAGUGGAGACUGAGAAGGUGGCUGCCAAUCAGCUGCGCACCCAGCUAGAAGAUCAGGACACAGAAAUCGAGAGGCUCAAAGCAGAGAUUGUAGCUCUGAACAAAACUAAGGAACGAAUGCGGCCUUACCACGUCAACCAUGAAAAUGAAGACCCAGAUAUCAAAAAGAUCAAAAAGGUGCAGAGUUUCAUGCGGGGCUGGCUUUGUCGGAGGAAGUGGAAGAUCAUCGUUCAGGACUACAUCUGCUCUCCUCAUGCUGAGAGCAUGAGGAAGAGGAACCAGAUUGUCUUCAACAUGGUGGAGGCAGAGACAGAGUACGUCCACCAGCUCUACAUCCUGGUCAACUGUUUCCUCAGACCUCUGCGGAUGGCUGCCAGCUCUAAAAAACCCCCGAUCAGUCAUGAUGAUGUCAGCAGCAUCUUCCUCAACAGUGAGACCAUCAUGUUCCUACAUGAGAUUUUCCAUCAAGGCUUAAAGGCGAGGAUAGCCAACUGGCCAACCCUGGUGCUGGCUGACCUAUUUGACAUCCUGUUGCCCAUGCUGAACAUCUAUCAGGAGUUUGUGCGUAACCAUCAGUACAGCCUGCAGGUUUUGGCCAACUGUAAACAGAACAGAGACUUUGACAAGCUGCUCAAACAGUAUGAAUCUAACGCUGCAUGUGAGGGAAGGAUGCUCGAGACCUUCCUCACAUACCCCAUGUUCCAGAUUCCUCGCUACAUCAUCACCUUGCAUGAGUUACUUGCACACACACCUCAUGAGCAUGUGGAGCGCAAGAGUCUUGAAUUUGCCAAGUCCAAAUUAGAGGAACUGUCCAGAGUAAUGCAUGACGAGGUGAGCGAUACGGAGAACAUCCGGAAGAACCUGGCCAUAGAGAGGAUGAUAGUGGAGGGCUGUGACAUCCUGCUGGACACCAGCCAGACCUUUGUUAGGCAAGGCUCUCUGAUCCAGCUGCCAUCAGUGGAACGUGGGAAGCUAAGUAAGGUCCGUCUGGGUUCUCUCUCUCUAAAGAAGGAAGGGGAAAGGCAGUGCUUCCUCUUCACCAAACACUUCCUCGUCUGCACACGCAGCUCUGGGGGAAAACUGCACCUUCUCAAGCAAGGUGGAGUUUUGUCCCUGAUUGACUGCACACUCAUAGAGGAACCAGAUGCCAGUGACGAAGAGUCAGCUAAAGCUGGUGGUCAGGUGUUUGGUCAGCUGGACUUUAAGCUUAUAGUUGAGCCGUCAGACUCUCCUUCAUUCACUGUGGUGUUACUGGCACCAUCGAGGCAGGAGAAGGCAGCAUGGACCAGUGAUAUUAGUCAGUGUAUAGACAAUAUCCGCUGUAAUGGCUUGAUGACAAGUGUAUUUGAGGAGAACUCCAAAGUCACUGUGCCUCAUAUGAUCAAAUCCGAUGUGCGUCUCCAUAAAGAUGAUGUUGACAUUUGCUUCAGCAAGACGCUCAACUCCUGCAAGGUCCCCCAGAUCCGCUAUGCCAGUGUGGAGCGGCUGCUCGAGAGGCUGACUGACCUGCGCUUCCUCUCCAUUGACUUCCUCAACACCUUCCUGCACACAUACAGAAUUUUCACCACGGCAACAGUGGUCAUGGACAAACUGGCUGACAUCUACAAGAAGCCCUUCUCUUCCAUACCGAUCAGGUCCUUGGAGCUGUUCUUUGCCACCAAUCAGAAUAACAGAGGUGGGGAGCACAUAAAUGACAAAUCUCCUCGUCUCUGCCGCAAGUUCUCCUCUCCACCUCCUUUGUCCAUCCCGUCCCGCACUUCCUCUCCAGUCCGAACACGAAAGCUUUCCCUCCACUCCCCCAUCACGGCCAGAGUCGGAGGCCUCGACUUAACCAGUCCUCUGUCAAACUCUGGUGUCAUCCACAACACUUCCCAGUCUGCUGCCAGUAGCCCCACAUCUGCCCACACCCCUCUAACCCCAACGCCUCAGACCCCGACACCGACCACUACCUCUCCUCCUCCUCCCUCUUCAACUUCACCCCCACCCAACAACUCCAAGCCACCACAGGACCAAGUUCCUCCCAUUCCCUCAUCCCUGGAUCAGAGUCCCUGCUCGACUGCAGAGGGAGAGGAGGUUCCCAAGAUCGACCCAUUUUGUGGCAAACUGAGAAGAAGCAUCCGUAGAGCUGUGCUGGAGUCAGUGUCACUUGAGAAAAUCAUCCCAGAGUCUCCUCAGAGCAGCGAAGCAGGAGACAUGUCUCCAUGUCGCUCCCCUUCUACACCUCGACACCUCCGCUACAGACAGCCUGGAGGCCAGUCAGGGGAAAACUCACGCUGCUCAGUCUCUCCUGCUUCAGCCUUUGCUAUUGCCACAGCAGCAGCAGGACAUGGUUCCCCACCAGUGUUUACAAACUCUGAAAGAACUUGUGAUAAAGAUUUCAUCAUACGCCGAGCUGCAACUAACAGAGUUCUCAACGUGCUGCGGCACUGGGUCUCCAAACACUCACAGGACUUUGAAAUGAACGGAGAGCUGAAGAUGUCCGUGAUCUGUCUCCUGGAGGAGGUGCUAAGAGAUCCAGACCUUCUGCCUCAGGAGAGAAAAGCUACUGCCAACAUACUAAGUGCCCUUUCUCAAGACGAGCAGGACGAUGCCCAGCUGAGGAUAGAGGACAUCUUACAGAUGGCGGAUUGUCCGAAGGCAGAGUGUUUUGAGUCUCUCUCAGCGAUGGAGUUGGCUGAGCAGAUCACUUUGUUGGAUCACAUCGUCUUCAGGAGCAUUCCUUAUGAAGAGUUCCUGGGCCAAGGCUGGAUGAAGGUCGAUAAGACAGAAAGGACACCAUACAUUAUGAAAACUAGUCAACACUUCAAUGAUAUGAGUAACCUGGUGGCAUCACAGAUUAUGACCCAUACUGAUGUGGGCUCAAGGGCCAACUCCAUAGAGAAGUGGGUUGCUGUGGCUGACAUCUGCCGCUGUCUCAACAACUACAACGGAGUACUGGAGAUCACAUCUGCACUCAAUCGCAGCGCCAUCUAUCGUUUGAAGAAGACUUGGGCUAAAAUCAGCAAACAGACUAAAGCUCUGAUGGAUAAAUUGCAGAAGACUGUGUCCUCUGAGGGAAGGUUUAAAAAUCUGAGGGAGACCCUGAAAAACUGCAACCCUCCAUGUGUGCCAUACCUGGGAAUGUAUCUAACAGACCUGGCCUUUAUUGAGGAGGGGACACCCAAUUUUACUGAGGAAGGUCUUGUUAACUUCUCCAAAAUGAGGAUGAUAUCACACAUCAUCAGGGAAAUCCGCCAGUUCCAGCAGACUCCAUACAGAAUAGAGCAUCAAGCCAAGGUGACCCAGUACCUUAUGGAUAAAACUUUGAUCAUGGAUGAAGACACACUCUAUGAUCUCUCACUGAAGAUUGAGCCCAGGCUUCCUGCCUGAGUUACAGCUGUUUGUGGCCAGUGGGAACCUGCCAGACAUGGAUCCCCCCUCAAGGGCAACACGCCCACAUAAUCUCAUCAAACAAGAGCAAAUCGGGUAGUUUUGAGAGCGACGUGGAAAUGGAAACAAGAGUGAUAAAGACUGAAGUGAGAGAGGAAGAAGCUAGAGAGUUUUACAAGAGACUGAGGGAGCAUGAGACAGAAUUGUUGACCGAAUGUCUUCAAGGAGAAGAAGCGGAAAAGGUUUUGGCUGGAUUGCAUGAGAGUUUUGAGGAAAUGACAUGUCUCUCCGUACGUGCUCAUCAUUCCUCAGUUGAGAGUGUGAUGCACCUGACAUCACUUCCUAAGACCAGCCUGAGAGUGCAGGAAAGGCUUGGAGCAUGGAGUGAAUAGAUGAAAUACAGUGGACAUAACAGAGAUGUAGCAUAUACAGAUAGUGUGACAGAGAGAUGUCUGAGCUUGUGUCUCUGUGCUGUUGUCUGUGUUCUGUUGCCUGUGUGUUUCUGUGCCAUGUCCUAGAGCAAGAGCCCCAAAAAAUGCUUUCUGUCAUGAUGGUCACUGCCUAAAACUUGCAUGAUUUCAGCUUGGGAUGUAACUGUCUAAAUGGCCUUCGAUCUGCCCCCUGACCCUCAGCUUAGCAUGCUUCACUCUUUAACCGGGUGACUCUCUAAGCCACUAUGCAUCCUCAGUGGGCUGGGAAUGGCAAAAUGCCUUUACGCCUUCAAAUAUAAUGUAGAAAGACACUAAAAUCAAACAUAUAAAGAUAAUUUAAAAUGGAAAAUUUGAUAUAUUUAACAAAGUGGCUUAUUUUUCCAUUGAUACAAGAAUUAAUUCUGUAUUUGUCUUUAGUCAGCUCUUGCCUAAAGACUCCCCAUGAGAAUGAAGCUUUUUUUUAAAGAAAUGUCCACAUGAAUGAUACAACUUUAUUAAAACUUUAUCAGUGCCUUCCACUAGUGUAGGUCAAUUUUCCCACAAUUGCUAAUUAACAUACGAGAAGUUUUAUAGAUAAAUCCUGCUUAGAGAUCUUAAGAUUUCCUGUAAAAUUGGACUGUAGUUUCACUUAUUGUUUUUUCAGAAAAUAGGUCAUGUAGACUGAACAGUAGCAUGUUAGUGUGAACACAGUAAAGUUAUUGCAGCAUCUAAUUGUCAGCGAAUAUCUCCCUCUAGUGUUUAAACAUUGUUAUGACCUCUACUGACCCAAAGCUUUUGCAGCGUUUGUGUGCAAUUUGAUUUUUAUUUUUAUUUUAUUUACGUUUUUGGCUUUUACAAAUUGUCAGAUACUGACGUGUGUAGUCAGGUCCCAGUGUGUAACUCUUAGAUGUAGACUGGGACAGUUUUUGCACUCUCUAAGAUGUAGCUUUGCUUGAGUGACAGUAUGAUCGUUAUUUACCAUGCUAUUUAUUUCAUCAGAUACUGUAUUUAUCUUAUUUUUGUAUAUAGUGAGUCCACACAUAUCAUAUGAUUGAUGAAGACAUACUCUGAAUUGUCAUGCUGUGAAUAUAGAUUUUAUUGGGGGGGGUGGGGUUCGUCUCUCUUGCUCUCAUGUCAAACUCUAGUUUUGCAUCCUAAGCUCUUGUAUUGCAAGACAUUUGUUUAAUUUAAAAAAAAAAGAAAGUCUUUUGAAAGUUAAAAAAAUGUAGCAUUUGAAUAAUCAGAUUUGUUUUAUGUGUUGCUGAUAUGAUAAACAUAUUUGUCCUGCAUGCACACAACAGCUGCAUGUUGUGCAUGUCUGACCGGACGUUCCCUGUACGUGCUCCCUUUGCUUCUCUAUAUUAAUAUUGUCUCAGUAGCUGUUGGGAGACUCUGUUAAAAAGGCAUAGAAACAAUAUUUUGUCCAUCAAAUCUGGCACGUUUGUCUCUUAGUGUACUUCACAGACGCAAGCAUAAUGUUCAUGUCAUCAGCCUGUUGUUAUGCAGUAGCAGUGUUGGAAGUUAUGCAGGCCUCAAUGAAAACAGAGGACUUUCCUCGUAAAACAAUAAGCUUGCUCCAGAUUGAUUAGAGGAAAUGUCGUCAGGCUUUGCUUUUGGAAAAAAACUUGUCCUUUGCACUGCGUCUGUAAUUCUAAGUGUCUGUUUCACAUGCAGGUUUGGGAAUACAGGAUGCUGUGUUUGUAUUGUAAUAUUAGUUUUGUGUAUUAGUUUGCAUUUUUCACUUGUAGGUGCAGGGGAAAUAAAUUCAA